AUGACAGGGGGCAGCUCUGCAGUGGGCGUGGCAGGCCAGACCAAAGAUGUCAGAUCAAAACCAGGAUUUCUGGGCAGGUUCAAGGCGGUGGUCUGCGUUCUGUCUGCAGUUACAACAUGUCUGGCGUUUGUCAAGCCUGCCAUCAACAACAUCUCCUUGAUGACUCUCGGGGUUCCCUGCACUGCCCUGCUCAUUGCAGAGCUAAAGAGGUGUGACAACGUGCGUGUGUUUAAGCUGGGCCUCUUCUCGGGCCUCUGGUGGACCCUUGCCCUCUUCUGCUGGAUCAGCGACCGAGCCUUCUGUGAGCUGUUGUCGUCCUUCCACUUUCCCUACCUGCACUGUGUGUGGCACAUCCUCAUCUGCCUCGCCGCCUACCUGGGCUGCGUAUGUUUUGCCUACUUUGAUGCUGCCUCGGAGAUCCCUGAGCAAGGUCCGGUUAUCAGGUUCUGGCCCAGCGAGAAAUGGGCCUUCAUCGGUGUGCCCUACGUAUCCCUUCUGUGCGCCAACAAGAAAUCACCAGUCAAGAUCACGUGAUAGGAAGGCGGGGGCUGGCUUCUCUGCAUGUUUCCUCAUGCAUUUUUCAGCAAAGACAGAGGGGGAGGGGGGAGGUUCUCAGAGUUGGUUGUGGAGGCAGGGAGGGGUCUGCUUUUUUUUUUUUUUUUAAUUCUGUUCCCUUGGGCUCUAACUGAUGUGGACCAUCGGGACUCCACUCUGCCUGAGGAGAAGUGAGUGUCUUCCCCUUUCCCAAAGAUGGAAAGUGGAGGGCUGAGGGCACCAGGUGUAUCUUCUCAGUGUCACUUCCAGAUGCAGUGGCUUGUUGGGCUGCAUCCUUUGUGGCAAUGAUAGAGCAGUCACUUGGGGGACCCAGUGAUGCACAAUGACUCGCUUCCUGGAGAGUUUGCCUGCUCCGACCCCACCAUUCCUGUUGACAGAUUGAUCCUGUGACAGGCAAUACUCACAACUGAUGGACAAUGCCAGAGAUUUUCAUUUGGGAAAACUCUUAAAACCAAACCAAUCAAAUGAAACACUCCUGGGGCUUGUGGCUGAGGAAGCUAGUUCUCCACUUACAGCUCUCAAUAACCCAGGUUUUCAUGCUUUUGUCAAUCCUCUUACUUCUACCUCUACUGAUAGAUGGAGACUUGACUUCAGAUGAGAAUAUGCUAAUGAGAAAACACCUCGAUGCCAAAAACUGCUCUCCACAUUAAGCCAUUCUUGAAGAUGAAACGUUGAUGACAAUGUUGACACUGUCUGUCCCCCACCCCAGCUCAGUAGCCUCAAACACACAGAGGCAUAGCUGUGAUGAGUAGUCCAUACACCGCCUCCACCCCUCCUUACUGCUUGAUCUCUGUAACAUUGCCAAAGGGCUCAGGACACUUUUGCUGGGGGUCCUGGUUCAAAAUUUGGCGCAAACAUGAAGUUUUGGAAACUUGUUCUCGUUAGAAGCCUCUUGUGUGCUAUCCUAUUGGAAAUGAUCCUCAAGAAGCUCCCCUCUUCUUUCUCUAAUAUUUUUGCUGUGGGAAUUACACUCCAUACUCUCACAGUGUGAGGUGCUUCCUGUGGUUCUCUCUGAGCAUUUGCUCGCUUUUCUCAAGUGCUCGCAGUAACUAUCCACCGGCUGCUUUGGGUCACUGGUGCAGCAGGGUGAAUCUGUUGCCUUCUGAGUCUUUCUCACCGAAAGUGACACUGGCUACAACUAAAUCCCCUCAUUGGGAUGAACGGAAGACUCCAAACCUGUCUUGAAGGUGUGAGGUGGGAACUCAAGACCUCAGGGAUACUCAUUUUAACUCAGGCAUUUCCUGCUUUGCAACAUUCCAUUGUGAGAGGGCAGGACGGACUGUCCAUGUAUGGACAGGAAUCACGUCACUGUCCUGUCUCUGAGAGUUGAGCAGCAGCAGUUUUUAGCAUGUCCAGGAACUCUUAGUCUCAUUAGAAUUUGCACAACAUCAAAGGUGAAGCGUGUAUUAAGGAACUGAAUUCAGAGUUUAAAAAUGAAUGACUUUAUCCUACUUCUAUGGUUUUCCAAUGAUUUUAGCAGCAGAACCCUGUUUGCAGUAAGAAUGGAACCCUAACGUGUGACAUAGAUUGUAAUUUUUAGCUGAAAUUUAUUUUAAGGUUAAAUUUAGAGCAUCUCCUUAAUAUAUCAGGCAGUGAAAAUGCAAAUUAACAAUUUGGUGGUUUCCAAGGUGGAAAAUUUGGUGUUGAAUGGGUGUACAUGUUGCUGUAUUAUAGUUUAAAAACAUAUUUAAAAAAUGAUAUUUGAAUUAAAUAUUUGUGGAACCUCUAAUAUAGCUCUAUGAGACCUAGGUGGUUCAUGAAACAGAAUUUGAAAACAGCUAAAUCCUUCGGGUUUCAAGUCUAGAAUUUUUAAAAGGGAAAUAUCUGAUUGUCCUCACUUCAGGUCUACUUGGCAGGCAUGGAUUCUGGUCCCAUCCAUUCUGCAGAAUAAAAAUGUGCUCAAGUAGGAGGUUUGAUGUAUUUUAAGCCCAACUGUCUUAGUGUGGAAGCGUAGAUAAGGAGAAGCAGAGAGAGGGGAGUAGGAAAUGUUUUUUGCAUGUGUGUGAGGUUUAAUUUCUGUCUCGAAGUUUCCUCAGUGAGGGGAGCAUUGCUCCAACACUCAAGGAAGGACCAUUUACCCCUAUCAGAUGCAGGGCUUGUUUCCCAGGGAACACUAUGGCCAUCUCCCAAGGCUUUGACCUUGACCUUCUGGAAGUUUCUGAGUGUCCUUUGGAAAUAAGGAUAAAAUGUGACUCUGCUGGAAGUGAGGAAGUUAAGUGCCCAGACUCACGUGGCUAUUUCCAUUCCUCUACUGCAAGACAAAUGACUAAAUUCAGAAGGAAUGCUUUUGUUGUGAAAAACACAAUGCCCUUCAAGAGGUUGGUUUUAAUGAGAUGAGGGCUGAGAACGAAGGGUGGAAUGGGACAUAUGUGAGGAAGACAAAAACAUGUCUUCUUUUGGAACAGCAGUCACUGUAGCUUGCCAGCAUGGGACGGUAAAUCAAGAGGGUAGGAAUAUACUGAUCUUAUUUUAAGUUAGGUUUAUGGUAUCAUUCAUAUUUAUAGUUAUGUUUAUAUUUAUAAUGCUUUUAUAGCACUACGUGCUCUUUAAAUAAAAUUGGGAGACUACAGAACAGUCCAAGAAGAGGAAAAAAAAACCCAACCUGUGUUUCUAUAGCCCAAAGACAACCAUUGUUAAUAUUUUGAUAUUUUGGUAUAUUUUCUUCUUGUCUCUCCCCACUGCCCUUAAUAUAUUUGCAAAUAGAUGUCUUUUAGCAUUGACAGUUUACCCUGUAGCUUAAAGGGAAUAUAAAUGCCACGAAGAGCAGGCUUUGAAGUACACUAGAGUUAGCUAUCUACUUGAGAGCUAGCCCGUCACUGGAUCCUGAGACGGACUACUGAGUCUUGCCUGCGAACCGAGCUUGACAUCAAUGGGCCCUAAGACAACGGACUGGAUUCCGCUUUUUGAUACACUUCUGUGCUUGGAUUGAUGAACCAUAGGAAGUAGGUGUUAAAUAGAUGGCUUUACAGGUUUUGAUGUCUUCAGGUUUAAAAUAAGUGAAUAGCUUAUUAAUCAGUGAAUCGUUUUUUUCUCCUCCGUUAAUGCAGGAAAGUGGACAUCUGACAUUUUAGGAGUUAGGUCAUGGCGUUUGCUCAGCAUGACUAUCAGAUUUUAUUCUGGUUAGAAUUUGCCCAAAAUCAAUAGCCAGAAGGAACUGGAUUUAGUUUAUUAAAAAAACCAGUAUUACCAAGUGAUUGUUUAAAUCAAUGAUUCUUUUUUUUUAAUGAUUCUUGUUUUAUAGUGUUUGAUUGUUGAUUUUUAGAAAGAGAAAUCUUUUUCUCCCCUUUAUGAUUAUAUUAUUAUAAAACAAGACUUCAGUGAACGUAUUAAAGGUGUAUGGGGAGGAGAUACCUGAAUCUGUUUGGUAACAAGCUAUGUUUUGGGGGAACUUUGUUCCUGUCCCUCUGAAGAGUGCCUAAAACAUUAGUUAUGAAUCAAAGAUGUACCAUUGGGGGACCAAGCUUGAUAGUCAUCAAACAUGGGCUUUGUAAAAAUACCAUCACCUAUUCUGUUGGUAGGAUUUCUCAUGUGUGAAAAACAUCUCUCAGCAGUCUAUCAUGCUUAUGUUCCCCGGUGCUGUGUGGGAGGCUCCAGGACUGGGAUUUGUCCCUCCCUGACAUGCGACCACCUCUGGGGGACAGCUGAGGGCUGAAGACCAGCCAGAACCCCCCUCAGAGCUCCUUUUCCCUAAAUGAACUUGGAAAGCCUUUCUUAGCCAGCUCUUUGCCUGGGUGCUGCCGUUCCAGCUGGCCAAAACAGAAGUCUCAGGCCAGGUUGGGAUUCUCAGUGGAUUUUAUAGACAACAUUUCCUACGGAUUUUUUUUAAUGGCCCCUACUCUAAUUGUUUGAAUUGUAUCUUUCCCUAUAUUUUGAACCAGAUUUAACACUAUUUUAUGACCACAGUAUGUAAUCAGAGCAAAUAGAGCAUUUUCAGAUAUAUUCUUUCUUUUAUAUUUCACACUUUAGUGUGCCGUAUAAGGCUGGUGUGCUCACUGUCUGUGGUAGCAUUUAAUCUCCGUUGCUUUGGGAGUGAUUUAAGGCCUUUUGAAAUGGAGCUUUUGCACUUUAUGCUCUUUCUGUGAACUAUGACAGCUAUGUUUAAUAUUAAAGUCAUAAUGGCAUUUUCUGUGAAUAAAUAUGUGUAUGUUUGUGUUUAUUUCCACAAUGACUUCUGAAAUAUCUGUGUAAAAAAAUGCAUUAAAUGGAUUUUAGAGCAAAGCACAUUUUACCCAAAUUUACUUACUAAUGAAUUUGGAUUAUCAUUGUUAUCAAACAUACUUAAAAUUAAUAUCGUUAAUUGUUGGUUUCCGUUCAAAGGUAUGAAAUCAAUACAGCUAAAUAUUUCCAGUAUAAAGUACCUAAAAACAAUUUACUGUCAUUAAAAGUUCUACAAUUAUACAAUUAUAGUAUAUGGAUAUAAAAUCUCAAAUAUAGAAAACAGUUCACCUAUGCUGGAUUUUAUCCAAUCACUAGAAGGAGGAGCAUAUGACAUUUCAAAAUAAUAAAUGAUUUUAGCAGGAAAA